AUGGGAGCCUUCGGAAAUCUCAACGCAAAGCCAACUGAUUUAACAAAUCCAAUAAAUCCUUUCUUUCGAAAGAGUCAGUGGAAACGUCAAUUACCUCCGAUUUGUAUUGGAAAUGGGAUUGAAGAGUAUUGGGAUGUUGACAAUCCAAGGGUGUGGAAUGCUCUGGAGCCCGUAUUGAGGUUGGCUAGCAAGUUUCUAAUGAAUAUGCAUCUUUUCCCCUGGUAAUAUACCAUUUCCCAUUUAUGAAGUCUUGAUUAAUAUAAUUUAGGUUAGACGGUCUAUUCAAUGGUACUUGGCUGUUUAUCAACGGUGACACACUCGAUGUCUCGGAUCUUCCAAAUGCAACUCUGCAAAAGUAUGGAGCUUAUCAAUGGUUCGCACGAAGAGACUUUACUAGCCAAGAACCAGUUCAGAGGGAACUCAACGAAACUAUUGAAGAAAUGAUACCUCGCGUAAAAUUUGGAUUUGAUACUACAUACAGCCGGGCUGCUGGGAAGACUGUCACUCGUUUAUCUCCGUUGGUGUGCAAUGUAGAGAUAAAUAUUGAAUUGGUAUUUCCACUGGUGAAAGGAGACCUCUCAGAGUCGGAGAGACUUGUUGAGAGCUUCUCUAUCGCAAGAACAGUAUGUGUGGCUUCAUGAUUUACAAGUCAAGUCGCGGCUAAUGAGAUGCAUACAGCUUCUUCAUGAAACUAUGGUAAAACCACCCUGAAAUAUUUGUUUUUGGUAGGCCUAAUUUAAGAUAGCAUGUUCUCGUGAAUGAACCGAUAUUCUUGAAUCGACGGCGAGACAUUAGGCCACUAAUUCCAUUAUCUUUACAACUACGGUCAGCAUCCAAAACGGAACCUGAACCGGUGAAUACAUGUGCCAUUGAUAUCCGAGAUUCUGUUUACUAAUGCAAAUACUAAACUUAGUUUUACGAAGACGAGCAGAUUAGUGAAGUGGGAAAUUCAUGGGAAAAUAUGGUCAGUAUCAUAUCCAAGAUCCCCCAUUCUAAGAAAUACUAAUAAAGCUGCUUAUCCAGGCAUUUGGUGGUUCCACGGGCACAGUUCAUGAAUCAGUGUUCGAAGGGGGGCCUUCGCAAAACAUUCAGCGUGCCGCUAAAGUCCCAUAUGAUGCCUUGGAUCGAAGAGUUUUAGGAAUAUGGGUGAGUUCAUGGUCAAAUUGGGGAUGGUAUUCAAUGUCCCGUCAAUGGGCGGUUAAAAAACGGAAUCCACAGACACUUUUCGUUGACGACGCCAGAGUGCGACUCUGGCCGAUUGUGCACGCUUAUUAUGAGAAUAUUUACCAUACUGAAUUUUGGGAUAGUUAUGUUCAAGCACUUGGACGCGACGCUUUACGCAUUCCGAAACUAUUAGGACUUGCAUGGCCCCAAGGGCCAUGGAGGACACCUAUAAAGAUCAUGGGCCCAGAUUAUGGCGUUUAUGUUGGAGAUGGAAAACACCCUCAUUCUUCUGAAUCACCGAUGCUGCUCCCUCCACCUCCUUUGGAGAUGAAUGAAGUAAAAUAUUGGCUAUAUGAACAGCAACGACGAGUGAAACAAAAUGCCGUUGUUACGGCACUGCGAAUACAGCGAGAAGAGGAAUGGGAUAAGGAGCAAAUGGAAAGAUGGUUGGUUAUUGAGAAUAUGCUUAUAAGAGCCAUGGAAGCUUUAAGAGAGGGUGAUUUGAAAGAAGCAGAAAGAUUAAUCAAAAUGACUGAAGAAUGCGAUAGCACUCGACUCAAUAUCAUAAGAGGCUAUCUCGUAUGUUUUUUCUAUCUGCGAUACCCUGUGAACUCGCCAGAGAAGCAGUUAGGUGUAAUUGAAGGAAAAAAGGCCCAAGAAAGAUUUUACAACUGGGUAGCAGUGAAGAAAAGUUGGAGUGGUACACCGAUUUACUUAGAUGGGCUGUAUCAAAAGCUUGCGGAUAUAGCGUGUUGUUCAUGGAAUUUGAGUGAGGAAGAGCGAUCAUCCUUGGAGAAUAGGUUAGCUCUAGUUAAGGUCAUCGACAGAGAGACGUGGAGAAGACAGAUUGAGCAGUUAUAUCAUGUUCCUUGA